AUGUAUUUCCCUUUAUUGCGGCAAAGCCGCCUACGGUCAUGCGGCAACCGAUUCACGCCGAGCUUCCAUCUCGAUCUUAUCACCACCCGCGUUGGUCUCGGCGUCAUAUGCAGCUCCCCCAUUCCAAAAAGAGCUUUCGUUGUGGAGUACGCCGGCGAGUUGCUGCUGGACAAGGACGCAAUGACGCGCCCGAACCGUCGCUAUCAGGUUCAGAUGAAAGCCAAGGCUAUCUGGGACGACUCCACCGUGUUCAUCGACGCCGCUGAGUGCGAAAAUGAAAGCCGCUUCAUCAAUCACUCAUGCCGACCUAACUGCGCUCUCUAUGAGCGACAGCGGACGAACGGAUCGCGCCUCGGUGUCUUUGCGGAAACCGACAUCCCACCGCUGCAGGAGUUGACGUUUCGCUACUCCGAGAAGAUUCUUACACUGUUCACGUUUCAGUGCGGCGACAAGAACUGCAUUUCGAACAACCAGUAG